GCCGGUGCAUCGCCGGUGCAUCGCCGGUGCAUCGCCGAUGUAUCGGCGAUCUGGUGCGACCCCCUGGCCCCGUCUGCUCCGACCCCAUCAAAGGGGCCUCCUAUGCACGCGCUUUCACGUGCCAGGGCCCACGUCGACAGGGCGGGAGCGUGCUGCAACCCGCGAGGUGCUGUCUCCCCUGCCCCCUUCCUUCCCCCCAGCAGGGAAGACCAGGGCUUGCUGUGCCCGUAGUCCUGCCUGUCCCCGAGGACGGCUCGUCGCCAGCGAAGCAGGUCAGCAAGAGGAUCACGUCGAAGCGGCCUGCGGUUCAGCGUCACCGCUGCUCCUCCGAGGAGCUCACGCUUGGGAACUCGCACUCGAGCCCGUCGGUGUCGACUCCGUCGCGGACACCAAGGCCGGCCAGAGCGAGCAGCCGGAGCAACGCAGCGGAGCAUCCGAGCGUCAUGAGCUGGGUGCGCGACAUCGGCAGGGACCACUCGUUCCGGUACAUCCCUUUCGCCGCCUGGGGUCGGCAGAUACGUCCCUGGCAAGGUUCAGAUCGAGUCGUGGAUCGAGUGGUAUGCGUCCCUCGAGGAGCCUUCAAGAUCUGGGAUGCUGCACGCUGUUGUCGCAAGUUGGCAGUUCAACCUGCUGUGCCAGUUGGUCAUCCUGCUUAACACUGGCUUCGUAUUCGCCGA